CACGUGCUCGUGAUGGUCGGUCUCCCCGCGAGGGGGAAAACGCACAUGGCCAAACGGUUGUGUCAGUACCUGCGUUUCUUCCACGGCGCGAGGACGCAGGUGUUUAACGUCGGGAGCUACCGACGGAAGAUGAUGCCGGCGGGGAGGAAAGCCGACGCGAAAUUCUUCGAUCAAAGCGACGCGGAGAGCGAAAAGACGCGGAAAGAGUUCGCGCGCGCGGCGCUCAAAGACAUGAUCGACUUUUUAUUCCAGUCCGACGUGGCGUCGUGUUUAGAGCAGAGAGGCUUUGACAGCGGGCGGGUCGCCAUCUUCGACGCGACGAACACGACGCGCGCGCGCCGCGAGUGGAUCCGAAAAGAGCUCCACGGACUCCCGUUGAAGUUACUCUUCAUCGAGAGUGUGUGCACGGACGAGCAGGUCAUCGACAGGAACAUAUGGCACGUCAAGGUGCAAAACGAGGACUACAGCGACGACGCCGACAAGAGACGCGCGUUCGACGACUUCAAACUACGCAUCGCGCACUACGAGAAAGUGUACGAGCCCAUGGACGAGGAACACCUGUCGUACAUCAAGCUCAUCAACCAAGGGCGACGCGUGGAGAUCAACAACAUCCACGGUUUCCUGCUCGGGCGGAUCGUGCAGUUCCUGAGCAACCUGCACGCGACGCAUCAGACUAUUUACCUGUGCCGGCACGGGCAGAGCGAGUACAACUUUUUAGGGAAGAUCGGCGGGGACAGCGGGCUGUCGCCGAUGGGCGAGGCGUUCGCGACGAAGCUCGGGGAGUACUGCGAGAGAGAGAUCGCGACGGAUCCAGAGACGAGAGAGCCGCGGCCGUGCCGGCUGUGGACGUCGAGCUUACGGCGGACAAUCUUGACGGGGCGGCACAUUCCGCAUCCGAAAAUUCGAACGAAGGACGGCGAAAACUGGAUCCAGAUGGCGCCGCGAGUGUUACGCAACCUAGACGAGAUCUACGCCGGCGUGUGCGACGGGAUGACGUACGAGGAGAUCGAGGUGAACUACCCCGAAGAGUUCGCGCUUCGACGCGAGAACAAGCUGUCGUAUCGGUACCCGCGCGGUGAGUCCUACUUGGACGUCAUCUCGCGCCUCGAUCCGCUCGUUCAAGAGCUCGAGAGCUAUCAAGAGCCCGUGCUCAUCAUCGGACACCAGGGCGUGUUGCGGCUAAUUUACGCGUACUUCACCGGGAUGGAUCGCGCGGACGCGUGCACGGCGUCGAUACCGUUAAACGCGGUCAUCACGUUGACGCCGAAGACGCACACGUGCGAG